AUGGCUCGCCACGGGGAUACUCGCUCACCAUCACCUGUAGGCAGCACGUUUUCUUCAUCUCGGCGGUCUCGCAGAGAUGAUGAUCGCUAUGACAGAAGCAGGCGGGAUGAUGGGCGUAGCUACCGCAGAUCUCGCAGCCCAGAGAGACGAUACCGAGAGCGCGACCGCCCUCGUGAAAGAGAUGGAUAUCGACGCCGAGAUGGUCCUGUAGACAGGCGCGAUGAAGACACUUAUCGACCAGCACGCAGAGACCGAUCCCGAGACCGCCGACGGGAUGAUGAUCAUGAUUUUCGUCGCAGGAGUCGUGAUAGGGACUAUCCAAACAGGCGAGAUGACUCCCGCGAACGGGAUCGCAGGCGGAGAGAUGGAUCUGCUGAUUUGAAGCCCAAGCCUAGACGGGAUGACAGCCGUGAUCGCGCUCCGAACCGACGAUCUACAUCCAGAACUCAAGAGCCACCAAAACCGCCCACGCCGGUCCGAACCGCCCAGACAGCCGAGGAGAAGAAAGCAGAGAGACUUGCCAAGCUUGAAGCGUGGAAACAGAAGCAAGCCGCUGAGCGGGCGAAGAAGGAAAGCGGACAGCCAAAAGAUGAUACCAAGAAGAUAUUGGAUGCCGUUGGCCCCAAAUCGGUUUUAUCCCCAGCUGGGAGCUCACCACAGACACCCAUAACUCCGGCUGAGUAUCCAACCCCUACUGCAUAUCCCGGAAAGUUUGACCCAAAGGCCAUUGCCAAAUCAGUCACUUCGAAUACAGUAGCCCCUGCUGUUCUUGGUACUGACGUCGCCGUCCCAACGGCAAACAAGGCUGCGUCUACGACGACGGCCAGUAUACCUUCUCCUGCGCCCGCCAAGCUGUCUCGUCCUCUGAAAGCCACAGGCAAUGUCGGGGGCUUUGGGCUGGGCGCAAAAGCUGCUCUUGAAACCGAGAAACCGUCUGCCACCAAGACUUUGGGUUUCGGGGAUGAGGAGUCCACUCGCAAGAAACUUGAGAAGUUGCCAACUCCUCCUGCCGAGGAUGCCGGACCAGCUCUCGCGGCUGAGCAAGACGAAGACGUAGACAUGCAAGGAGAAGCAACAGAAGAAGACACAGCAGCGGCAGCUAUUGCUGUAAAUGAGCGACGGGACGAAAUUCUCAAAAAUGAAGCCGAUGACGUUCACAUGGAGGAUUCAGUGAAUGGACCGACCGGCACUGUGUCAAUGGACAUCGACGAAGCAGAAGAAGUGGAUCCCUUGGAUGCGUUCAUGUCGGAACUGCAAGGAGCCCAACCUACCAAAAAGACGACCGGGGCCACGUUCGCCAAAAAGGACAAGGGCCAACGACCCGAGGCGAUGUUCGGCGACGAUGAUGAUGUGGGUUUCACGGCAGUUGGUGACGAAGAUGCCGAGGAUGUUCUUGCCAUGGCAGCAAGUAAAAAGAAGAAACGGGAGAUACCUGAUGUCGACCAUACCAAGAUUGAGUAUGAACCAUUCCGGAAGCAAUUCUACACAGAACCCUCCAAUCUUGCUGAGAUGACAGAAGAAGAAGUCGCAAGUUUGCGUCUCGAAUUAGACGGCAUCAAGAUUCGCGGUACGAACGUUCCCAAACCCGUCCAGAAAUGGUCGCAAUGCGGAUUGGGCGUGCAGACAUUAGAUGUCAUUCAGAAGCUCGGUUACGAGAAUCUCACAUCUAUCCAAGCGCAAGCAAUUCCCACAAUCAUGUCAGGUCGUGAUGUUAUCGGCGUGGCCAAAACUGGAUCAGGAAAAACUGCUGCUUUCUUGAUCCCGAUGUUCCGGCAUAUCAAAGACCAACGGCCCCUGGCUAGUAUGGAGGGGCCCAUCAGCCUGAUCCUAUCGCCAACCCGAGAGUUGGCCACGCAGAUUCAUAAGGACUGCAAGCCUUUCUUGAAGGCCUUGGGUCUCCGUGCUGUGUGCGCAUAUGGUGGGGCCCCCAUCAAGGACCAGAUUUCUGAGCUGAAACGAGGAGCUGAAAUCGUUGUCUGUACCGCCGGUCGUCUCAUUGAUCUGCUGGCCGCGAACCAAGGACGAGUCCUCAAUCUACGCCGCGUCACGUAUGUCGUCCUAGACGAGGGAGACCGUAUGUUUGAUAUGGGCUUUGGGCCACAAGUCGUGAAGAUCAUGUCUAACAUUCGGCCGGAUCGGCAGACUGUCCUCUUCUCAGCAACGUUGUCCAAGAACAUGGAAUCUCUGGCUCGGAAAACUUUGCAUCAGCCUGUCGAAAUUACCGUUGGUGGCAAAAGUAUCGUGCCUCCCGAAAUUAAGCAAAUCGUCGAGGUUCGUAAUGACGAUCAGAAAUUCCAUCGUCUAUUGGAGCUCCUGGGAAACAUGUACGAGGACGAGGCAAAUGAAGACGACCGCACCUUGAUCUUUGUGGACCGUCAAGAGGCAGCAGAUGAUUUGCUCAAGCAGUUGAUGUAUAGAGGUUAUCCGUGUAUGUCGAUUCAUGGCGGCAAAGACCAGAUUGAUCGCGAUACCACGAUUUCGGAGUUCAAGGCUGGUGUCUUCCCCAUCCUGGUCGCCACGUCAGUGGCAGCUCGUGGAUUAGAUGUCAAGCAGCUCAAGCUCGUCGUCAAUUACGAUGCGCCUAAUCAUCUGGAGGAUUAUGUCCAUCGAGCUGGCCGCACAGGGCGGGCUGGAAACAGCGGAACCGCCGUGACUUUCCUGACUGAAGAACAAGACCGCUAUGCGGUGGAUAUCUCAAAGGCCCUUAAGCAGAGUGGACAAGAGGUCCCUGCUGCUGUUCAGACGCUGGUCGACUCCUGGAUGGAGAAGGUCAAGUCCGGAAAAGAAAAGAACAUGGGCCGAGGAUUCGGCGGUAAGGGCUUAGAUCGUCUGGACUUGGAACGUGAGAAUGCGCGAAUGCGUGAGCGAAGAGCAUACAAGACUGGUGAUGAGCCCGACGAGGAAGAGGAGAAAGAGGAGAAGUUGGAGAAAUCAAAUGAUCGGUUUGACAAGGCAGCCUCGGCAGUGCAGUCGGCUGCCGCACCAGCUGCAGCUCCUUUGUCUGGCAUUCCGAAAGGUAUUGACUUGGAUGGUAAAGUCAUUGUGCAUCGUACGGAGCGGGGUCCCGCCAAUGCAUCGAACAAUCCAUUGGAGAAGGUGGGCUCCGCCGUUGCUGAGAUUAACGCACGACUGAGUCGUGCAGGUGUCAUGAGAUCGGGUGUACCGAUUGAUAACCGCGGACCUGAUGCUGGCGCCUUCCAUGCAACGCUGGAGAUUAACGAUUUCCCUCAAAGAGCACGUUGGUCCGUUACCAACCGCACAAACGUGUCCAAGAUCUUGGACGCUACCGAAACUUCGAUCACCACAAAGGGCGAGUUCUAUCCAAGCGGGAAGCAACCUGGUCCAGGAGACCUUCCUAAGCUGUACAUCCUUGUUGAGGGCCCGGAUGAAAUCUCGGUUACCAACGCUAUACAUCAUCUCCGAAGUCUGCUUAAGGAAGCAACACUGGCAGCUGCGGAUGAUGAGGCGCGGGCUCCGGUGGGUGGCCGGUAUAAUGUUCUUUAA